AUGGAAGACAGUAAUAUGUUACCUCAGUUCAUCCAUGGCAUACUAUCAACAUCUCAUUCUCUAUUUCCAAGAAGUAGCCAAGAGCUUGAUGAAGGGGCCACCACACCGUAUGACUAUGAAGAUGGUGAACCUUGUCAUAAAACCAGUGUGAAGCAAAUUGGAGCUUGGAUCCUGCCCCCACUCUACUCCCUGGUAUUCAUCUUUGGUUUUGUGGGCAACAUGUUGGUCAUUAUAAUUCUGAUAAGCUGUAAAAAGCUGAAGAGCAUGACUGAUAUCUACCUGUUCAACCUGGCCAUCUCUGACCUGCUCUUCCUGCUCACACUCCCAUUCUGGGCUCACUAUGCUGCAAAUGAGUGGGUCUUUGGGAAUAUAAUGUGCAAAGUAUUCACAGGGCUUUAUCACAUUGGGUAUUUUGGUGGAAUCUUCUUCAUUAUCCUACUGACAAUUGAUAGAUAUUUGGCUAUUGUCCAUGCUGUCUUUGCUUUAAAAGCCAGGACAGUUACCUUUGGGGUAAUAACAAGUGUAGUCACUUGGGUGGUGGCUGUGUUUGCCUCUCUACCAGGAAUCAUAUUUACUAAAUCUGAACAAGAAGAUGAUCAGCACACUUGUGGCCCUUAUUUUCCAACAAUCUGGAAGAAUUUCCAAACAAUAAUGAGGAAUAUCUUGAGUUUGAUCCUGCCCCUACUUGUCAUGGUCAUCUGCUACUCAGGAAUCCUCCACACCCUGUUUCGCUGUAGGAAUGAGAAAAAGAGGCAUAGGGCUGUGAGGCUCAUCUUUGCCAUCAUGAUUGUCUACUUUCUCUUCUGGACUCCAUACAAUAUUGUUCUCUUCCUGACCACCUUCCAGGAAUUCUUGGGAAUGAGUAACUGUGUGGUUGACAUGCACUUAGACCAGGCCAUGCAGGUGACAGAGACUCUUGGAAUGACACACUGCUGCGUUAAUCCUAUCAUUUAUGCCUUUGUUGGUGAGAAGUUCCGAAGGUAUCUCUCCAUAUUUUUCAGAAAGCACAUUGCCAAAAAUCUCUGCAAACAAUGCCCAGUUUUCUAUAGGGAGACAGCAGACCGAGUGAGCUCAACAUUUACCCCUUCUACUGGGGAGCAAGAAGUCUCAGUUGGGUUGUAA